ACAAAAACAUCCACAAAAACAUAAAAAAUAUUCCAUGAAAAAAAGGCAGAAUCUAGAAUUAUAUAUUUUCUAAUAUCAACUUCUACAUAUAUUCUCACCCCACCCCAAAUCCCAAUAACACAAACCAAGCACUAGUGAUAUCCUAAAACUUCAUAUUUUUUCUCUCCCAAAUAACAAAACAAAAUGUUACCUACAACUUCACUUCCUCAACACCUCAUUUCAGCUAAUCUUCCUAGAAGAAUGUUACUACUAAACUCCCCAAAUUCUCACCCAAAUCCAGCACCACCACCAGCAGACUAUGUUACAUACCCUUCGUCGCGACGCGGUAGCAGUAUUGAUGCUGAUGUUGUCAUGAUCUUUUCAGUGUUGUUAUGUUUGCUAAUCUUCUCCAUAUGUGUAAACUGCUUAAUUAGAUGUAUGCUUAAGUGCUUUGUUGUGAUUACUGCCCAAGAUCAGUCUAACCUACAAAAGAAAAUUAUUAGUAAUGGUGUGGAUAAAAGAGCAUUAAGGACAUUUCCAGUGGUGAAAUACUCUAAGGAAGUUAAGAUUCAAGGGUUGAGUACAGAAUGUGUGAUUUGUUUGUCAGAGUUUAAAGGAGGAGAAAAAGUGAGGAUUUUACCAAAAUGUAACCAUGGAUUUCAUGUUCAUUGCAUUGAUAAGUGGCUUAGUUCUCAAUCUUCUUGCCCUACUUGUAGGCAGUCUUUGGUUGACACUUGUCAGAAGAUUAUUGGAUGUGAUGUUGAUAAUCAUCAUCAUCAUACAUCAUCAUCAUCAUCAUCAUCAACAACAACAUCAUCAUCUAUAUCAUCAUCAAUAACAUCUUUUCCUAGUGACACAAUUGCAAUCAAUAUUUUGCCACUUGAAAGGGAAGAUUUUGUUAGAGAUUGAAGUGGGUAUAUAUAUUUGUUAAAACUUCAAUUUUGUGGCUUUUGAUUUGUCAAAGUGGACAAUUUAUUAGCCAACUAAUUACCUUGACUAGGAAAAUUUAGAAGUUCUCUAAUUGCUGUACAAAGAUAUACAUGUUCAUUAUACUUUUUGUGUAUUUUGUCCAAAUGAUACAAAGAAUUCACAAUUAGCCAUAUUUUUUCGGUA